AUGGUGGACCUGAAGGAGGAUGUUUCCGCAGCAAUCGAGUGGCCUCUAGUCCGAAUAGUUGAAGUCUAUCCCGGUCCCGACGGUGUAAUCAGGCCUGACGAUCAUUUCUUCGACGAGAAUGAAGCCGAUUCACAGUGGCUGGCGCACCCGGAUCGAAAUCUGGACAGCAUCCUGAUAGUGAGAAAACACCCGGCCGUCAACGACCAGGACGAUUCUUACAUUUUGGUCCUUCUCUCGACAGUUUAUAUGGAACCGCAGUUACGCCGCUCCAAUAGAGAAACUCGGGGCGCAGUACCGAGACGAUUCGAAAACUUUCUCGUGGGCCUUCCACGUCAUUCGAACAUAUAUCGAACUCCUCCAGUCAACAGCAAUCCGCAAGAUCAAUCGAACCUGCAAUCCAGGAACGAUGAGUCCGUUCUAGCUUCAAAUGAAAAUCGCACGGAUAAGGUAUAUGUCACUAGUUCCCGUGGUUCAAAUGGAGCGCCCUCGUCUGAUCGACGUUCAAGUAGAAGCCGGUCUUCCAAAAUCAGCGAAGCUGAUAGCCAACUCAGAGCCCUGUUGUUGGAGGAGCAGAUUGAGGAAGAAGAACUAAAGGCUUCAAUCGAACGAGACAGGAUCCUGGCUGAAAAGCAACUGGCUGCGUUGCAAAUUCAACAAGAUCUAGCGCUGAAGACGGAACAGAGGAAAGUGGAAUUCCUAAAGCGAAAGCAUGAACGCGAAUCGAAGAAGAAUGAACUGAGGUCUGGUUCAAGUCACGACUCGAGCAUCUCCAGCAGAUCGAGUGCGUGCACCAGUACAUCGAGACGUGUUUGCAAAUGGCUGUCUGAAUCAGAUAAAAUGAAGACAGAUAAUGCAAACAUUGAGCCGUCUAACCAAUUGGCCCGACCAUUAUUUCACGAACCUGGAGCUAGAAAUCAUGUAACUGCUCCUGAGCCAGGAGUGAAUGAAAUCUUGUCUCAGGCUUUCAAGGCGUUGCAGAGUCGAAACGUAAAAGACCUGCCUUCGUUUUCUGGUGACGUAAUGGAGUGGACGAUUUUUGAGAGCGAAUUCAAAACGUCCACUGAAGAGUUUAAGCUGACCGAUCGCGAUAACCUGAGGCGGUUGAAUAAGUCGCUGCAAGGUAAAGCGCGCAAGACCGUGGAAUCAUUGCUUUCAUCUCCUGAUAAUGUACAGCAGAUCAUGAGGAUGCUGAAAUCUAACUUUGGACGCACGGAAUGGGUGGUGGCGAAUAGAUUGGAAACACUGAGAAACCUGGAGAGCAUCAAGGAGGGAAACAUCGAGUCCUUUCGUGUUUUCUACAACGCGGUGAUUGGAACCAAGGUUGCGAUGCAGAAUGUCAAGACGGAUAAUUACUUGAUGAAUCCGGAACUCAUCUCACACCUGACUGAAAAACUGCCUGCAUUCAGCAAGCAGAUGUGGGUUCGACACAAGGCCGCUUUGAUGAAGGAAGAUGUCGUAAUCGACUUCAACAUUUUUUCUCGCUGGUUGGAGGAUGAGAUGGACAAUCAACUCGCAAGUCUAAAUCCUGUCUUCAGUGCCAAGAAAUCAAACUUCUCACUGAAGCCGAAGCAGAUUGUUCUCAACGUCAACAGUCGUGAGGCGGAAGAGACAGCGAAGUGUCCGCUAUGCUCGUCAAGAUCGCAUGCUAGUUUGGAGAAGUGCGAGCAAUUCCGCAAGUUAUCUGUUGCUCAACGUCGGUCUGCUGCUAAUUCUUGCAAGGUCUGCUACACCUGUCUGAGCGCGGAUCACACAAGAAGAAACUGUAAAUCCAAGAAGAAGUGUUCGAUCUGUGAGAAGAAUCAUCACGAACUGGUCCAUAAUGAUGAACUUCCAAUGACCACCGCGUCUCGCCGACCGGAUACUCAAGACAGUCAGAUGAACGUAUGUAACGUGAACGGUAAAAACGUCAACACACUGCUCCGAGUGGGAAAAGUGAAGAUUCGUGGUCCGAAUGCCGUCGAGGAAGUGUUUGCCCUUUUUGAUGAAGGCUCUUCUCUCUCGAUGAUGGAUGCUGCUGUAGCGACGAGGAUUGGAAUGCAAGGGCCGAUCUCUUCCGUGAAUUAUAGAUGGACUAACGGCAUUUCACACAAGGAGGAACAUUCCAUGAUGUUAUCUUUCCAAAUCUCUGGACCGUCGGAACAAGCGAAAUGGUUCGUGGCAAACAAUAUUCGCACGGUGCAGAGCAUCGACUUGCCACGGGUUAAAUUUGACGUUGACAGAGUAAAGCUGUUGUACCCGAUGUUGGAUGAGGAUAAACUGGCUGCGAUACAAGAUGCUCGUCCCUGUAUGCUGAUUGGUUCGAACAACGCUGGUCUGAUUGUACCCCUGAAGACGGUGCAAUACUCACUGAACGGUUUGCAGUUGACUCGGUGCCAUCUGGGUUGGACGAUUCACGGAGUAAUUGAACCGAACGCUGCUGGAUCAAACGAUCAUCAUGCUUUCCUGAUGUGUUCUGAAGACGAUGACACCGAGCUAACGGAUCUGGUGAAGCAGAUGUACAAGGUGGAAGACUUUGGCAUCACUGGUCAGUCCCCGAAGAUACCAGACGAAGAUCAACGUGCACUGGAUAUUAUGAACCGUACAAUCACGCGACGAGGAGAACGCUUUGAGGUAGGACAGAUCUACAAGUACAAUAACUUCGCAUUUCCGGAUAGCAAGCCACAUGCACUGCGUCGACUUCAAAUCACCGAGAAGAAGAUGGAUUCCGAUCCUGAUUUCGCUGAGAAAUACUGUAGUAAGAUCCAGGACUACGUGGAGAAGGGAUAUGCUCGAAAACUGGAGCCUGAAGAACUUGCUGAAACACCGAACACCUGGCAUUUGCCUCACUUCAGCGUGGUAACUGCCGAUAAGUUCCGAUUGGUUAUGGACGCCAAGGCCAAAUCUCACGGAUUUUCGUUGAACGAUCUGCUACUGAAAGGUCCUGAUUUCGUUCCCGCAUUGAUUGCGAUUCUGAUGCGCGCUAGGAAGAAGAAGAUUGCUUUUGUGGCAGACAUUAUAGAGAUGUUCCAUCAAGUCAUCAUUCGUAGAUUGGAUCAGGACUCCCAGCGUUUCUUCUUCCGUGGUAUGGAUCGCUCUAGCCCCCCCAGCGUAUACAUUAUGAUGGUGAUGAUAUUUGGCGCUGUGUCUUCUCCUUCGAUGGCACAAUUCAUCAAAAACUUCAAUGCAAAGGAACUGGAAGAAAAGUACCCUGGCGUUGAACGAGCUGUGCUGGAACAACACUACGUCGAUGACUAUUUUGAUUGCGUGGACACGGAGGAAGAAGCCAUUGAACUGGUGCAGCGAGUGGUGAAGGCACAUGAUCACGGAGGAUUCAAACUGGUGAAAUUUGCAUCGAACUCUGAAACUCUUCUGGAUUCGCUUGACCCUUCUUUAGUAGCCGAGAAGAAAGGAAGUGACACUCGUGUACUCGGUAUCAGAACUUCCGUACUGGUGGCACGGUGCCUACCAAACGGCAGCUGCUGA